AAUUGAAAAACCGUUAAGAAACAACAACAACACAAAUGAUGGCUUCUCCACAUAAAAAACUGCGAUUAUCGCCCAAAACUAGUACAUUGAGUCCAAGGUUAACACAAGAUUCAAGAAUUACCAGUACCCCCAAGAGGUCUACUGAAAAUGUAGUUUCUCCAAGCUUUUCCACAAUAUCUUCCAGCAGUGGCAGAUCAAUGAGAAAACGGCUUUCUGAUGUUUUUGAGGCACAAGAAAGUAACAGUAACAAGAGUAGUCCAUCCUCUAAAUCUGGAGAAAAUGAUCAAACUUCAGUAUCAUCCAGAUCAUUUACCACUCCCAGUAGAGGUUCUGAGACAGAAGCCCUGAUAGAUGACUAUGAUGCCUACUUUGAUGAAACACUCAGAAUCAAAUAUACAGGAACAAUUUGGGAAUUAUAUAAACCAUUGAACAAACAUACUCUGUAUGCCAAGAUUUUGGAUGAUCCUUGUAAUACUCAGGAUAUUGUAACUGAACUCUUCAUGCUAUAUAACCAGAAGCCACAGAAAGCUGUUCUUAGUAUUAUUCAAUUUUGUGUAGAUGUCGCUGGAUUCCAGAACUAUGAUGUAUCAGCUUUUAGUUUCAAAGACAAUGAUGCUAAAGUAAUCAUUGAUUCACUAGAAGAAUUCGAUAAACCCGAAAUUUUCGAAUCUACUGGCAGGUAUUUACUUAUGGAACCUAAAACAGAUCUUGCCAAAACACUCAAGAUGGCAAUAUACAACUUUAUUAACAAGUUAAUUCUAACUGCCCAUGAUAAAUGCAUUUUAUAUGAAGAAACUUUUUCGAAAAAUGUUUGUUCUUUUUUGAAAUGUAUGUCGUUCAGCAAUCUGAAAGCAGUUCGUCACACAGGAGUGGUUAUUGGUAUGAAAAUUCUCACUGCUCUAGUUAUUACUUGUGAUAAAAUUAAUCGAGAAUUGAAAAACUUGGUGCGGGACCCCAAUAUUUCUGCUGAUUCCACUGUCAGUCAAAAAAGAGAACAACUAAAUGCAUUCAAUAAUUUAUUGGAAUAUUUCUACUUUAUUUUUAUAAAAAAUUACCACAUACAGGAUAGCUCAAUGAUUGACAUGAGAAUAGAAUGUCUUAAGGAAUUACAGAUUUGGAUGAAACUGAAUCCAAAGAUGUUCAUUACCAACUUGCAAGCUGUCGAUUACCAAAUGAAAAUGAUUAUUGAUAGGUCGAAAGAUGUCAGAUUUGCUGCUUUAGUGGCAUGUGAAGGACUCCUAAAAUCUUCUGGCGUUGUGAAAUUUCUAGAACCAAUCAAACAAAAGUUUUGUGAUACUAUUAGUAAAAGGUUCUAUGAUAUUGACUACAAAGUGGCAGUCAAAGCAAUAGACAUUUUUACCAUAAUGUUGAGAUGGGAUGAACAUUUCAUAUCUGCUGAUACAGUGAAAGUGAUGACUCAUUUAGUGUUCGAUAAUAUUUUCCCGAUUGGUGCUGCUGCCUGUAGAUUUCUUGUGACUCUCUUCCAGGAGUAUACACCAGAAGCCACACUAGAAGCUCUUGCGAAAAUAUAUAUGAAGCAGAAAAAUUGCAUUGUUCAAUUGCUAGUGGAAGGGUUCCUCCAUACUUGCCCUGAAAUCCAGAACUGGACCUUGUAUUGUAAGGUCCUUCUUACUGGUCCAGAUGACCGAUUGCAGCUCAAAGAAGCAAUAUCUGACAUAUUUUCGGAAGCUGUGAGCCAAACUUUGACUGGAAAAUCAUCGAAAAUGAGAGUCCUAUCUAGAACAGUUGUUGAUAUCGAAUCGACAGAGUAUCAGAAAAUAGCGAAUUGUUUUCCUUCUUUGAACAAACUAUUACAGAUGUAUGGGGACCAUCCAAAGGUUCUAAUUAGUUUGUUGAAAAUUUUUCCUUUGGUAAACACAAAUAUUAUAACUGGAAAUUAUUGCGAGGAAUAUUCAAAACUUUCAAUUACCAAUCAAAUAUUAUUCGACCACCAUACCGAUGAGGAUUUACUGAAUAAAAUUGCAGAAGCUUUAUUUCAUUUUCGCAAUGUAGCAGAUUUUGCGGAAAGAGCAUGUAGAAUAACAGAAACAUUGGGUACUAAACAUACUGCAGAAUUGAAUACUUUCGCAAAACGAGCGAGUUCAAAAACUUGCUUGGCAGCCAAUAAAGUAGCAAUUUUGUACGCCCAUAUGGAUUUAAAUGCAAAGUUUACAUGGGAAAUUUUAUCUGAAUCAUGUUCAGAUGCAAAUGAGCAGACUGCAGUUCACCUCAUGACAUGUUGUGCUUGGUUCCUCAUCUGGAACCUGAGGAGCAUGUCGGAAAUUUCUCAGAAACGCCAACAGAAAGAACUGCCUGGACUUUUCAUCCUGCAUAAUCGAACUUGCAAUGAAUUCACUGAUAUGUGUUUCAAAACGCUGGAAUAUUUGAAAGGUCAACCGUUUCAUUUUAAGGUCUACGAGUGUUUGUGUGAUUUUUUCAUAACUUACAGCAAUGAAUUGGGUCCUUCAAUCAAAUUCAACAAACAAUUUGAAGAUGUAAGACUGAGGGUAGAUGAUAAAUCUAAGCAAAAUACCAUUAUAGAUUUCCUGGAUAAACAUAUUCUAGUCAAUAAAGAAAUGUCACUUGGUGAGCGUAGGAAACAAGUAGUGAGAUUUGUUGAUUUGGUGCAUGUCGAUAUACUUCCUAUAACAGUUCUAUCGAACGUAUUCAAAUUAUACCAUGUAAACUUUAAGGAAUACGGUCCCAUAAUAGAAUCAUCUUUGAAAUGUAUGGCUGAUGAUCCAGAUGAAAACACAAUUCUGUUUAUGAUUAUUCAUACUCUUGCAUCCUGUUUCGAAGAUAUUUUGAAAAAACAUCAUGCCGUGGACAUCAAUACAGAAGAGGCGAAACAUUUGCAGCUGUUGGUAAAACAAUUUCUGAAAUUCGAAUAUUUUCGUUCUCCCAAAAGGCAUUUGAAAAAAUUACUGUACUUCUCGAUAAAAUAUGCAUUCAAGAUAUAUAAUAAUUAUGCCUUCCUAUAUUAUGCAAAAUAUUUCAUCGAUCUUCUGUUUGACGUCACGGAUCAGAAGGAAGUGUUUGAUUUUUUCAAGAAAAACAUACCACGAGGAGCUGAAAAAAAUGAUGCCGUAUUAUAUUUUGCCAAUUACAUGAAAAGUGUAACUAACGCAGCUAUGGCUAAGAGUAAAACGAAGGAUUCAACUCCUGUAUCCACAAAGGACAAAGAAAAUCGGGAGUUGAGAAAAUCAAAAGGUGACUCAGGUAAGAGAGGUUGGCCCAAAAAGCCGGAAACGCCAUCAAAGAAAAAGGCUGCUGCUACAUCAACUCCGAAAAAUUCGAAAUCUUUUUCUAUUCAUACCACUGGGUCUGGAAAGGGAAAAAAGAAAGCAACAUCAGAAAGCAAUAUUGAGAUGUAUGAAGAAACGUCCAUUCAUGACAGUGAAAGUGGCGAUGAAAUUGAUAGAUCCCUCAGUCAGAUGAGGCUUUAAAAUUACCUAUUUUUAAGUAAAAUCAUCGAUUCACCAUUCACCAAAUGUCCUUAUUCCUAUUUAUGUUUUGUUUGCGUUACGUCAGUUGUGUACUUUAUCAAUUUAAAAUGAAUUAAACGAGUUUAACUGUUUACA